AUGAAUGGUGCUGCAUGUGUUGAGGCAGAGUGCUGCGAGUUUGUGGAAGUUGAUCCUACAGGGAGAUAUGGAAGAUACAAUGAAAUUCUUGGCAAAGGAGCUUCAAAGACAGUUUAUAGAGCAUUUGAUGAGUAUGAAGGGAUAGAAGUAGCAUGGAAUCAAGUAAAACUUUAUGACUUUUUGCAGAAUCCUGAAGAUCUUGAGAGGUUGUACAGUGAAAUCCAUCUUCUCAAGACAUUGAAACACAAGAACAUCAUGAAGUUCUAUACUUCCUGGGUUGAUACUUCCAACAGACACAUUAAUUUUGUCACUGAGAUGUUUACAUCCGGGACUCUAAGACAGUACAGACUUAAACACAGACGGGUUAACAUCAGAGCUGUUAAGCGUUGGUGUAGGCAGAUUUUGGAAGGGCUUCUGUAUCUGCACAGCCGUGAUCCUCCUGUGAUCCAUAGAGAUCUCAAGUGUGAUAACAUUUUCAUCAAUGGCAACCAAGGGGAAGUCAAGAUUGGUGAUCUUGGCCUUGCUGCGAUUCUCCUCAAAUCUAAUGCUGCUCGUUGUGUUGGCACACCUGAGUUCAUGGCUCCGGAAGUGUAUGAAGAGGAUUACAAUGAGUUGGUUGACAUAUACUCUUUUGGAAUGUGCAUCUUAGAGAUGGUCACUUUUGAAUAUCCUUACAGUGAAUGCAAUCAUCCUGCUCAAAUUUACAAGAAAGUUGUAUCUGGGAAGAAACCGGAAGCUCUUUACAAGGUAGUUAAUCCUGAGGUAAGGCAGUUUGUAGAGAAAUGCUUAGCAACUGUGUCCCUCAGACUUUCAGCUAAGGAACUCUUGGAGGAUCCUUUUCUCCAAAUUGAUGAUUAUGGAUUUGACUCAAAAUUAGUGCAGUAUCAAAGAGACUGCUAUGAAGUAACCUCAUUAAUCAGACAGCCUUUGAAUGGAAUUUAUAGCAUUAACAACACCUCAACAAGUGGGUAUACUGAUAAUCUUGGUGGUUAUGGACCGGUAUCUGAAUUGGAUUAUCGUCAAGACGAUUUUGAAACGAGUGAAACCGGUCUCUUCGAUUGUGAAGAGGAUGACAAUUUGGCUGAAAUUGAUUCCACAAUCGAAGGUAGGAAAAGAGAAGAUGAUGGCAUCUUCUUGAGACUAAGAAUAGCAGAUAAGGAAGGUCGAAUUCGAAACAUCUACUUCCCAUUUAACAUUGAGGUUGAUACUGCAUUGAGCGUUGCAAAUGAAAUGGUAGCUGAGCUUGACUUAAAUGACCAAGAUGUAACUGAUUUAGCGAAUAUGAUAGACAAUGAAAUUGCAACAUUGGUUCCGGAGUGGAAAAUAGGAGCCAGAUUAGAGGAAAAUUCAGAAUGUUUAAGUGCAGGUGUCUGCCUCAAUUGUGCUGCAAACGGUUACUUGUUUGAUUAUGUAUCAUCAAAUAAUCCAUGUACCAAGAACCUUCAAUUUCUUCAUUGCUCGAAAAAUGGAUGUGCUGCAAUUCAUGGCCGAUUUGAAGAGAUAACAUAUCAAGUUGAAGGGUCUGCAAAUAGUGCUACCGAAGGUGCACCUGAUGCAUCAAGCCAUGCCAAUAACAUUCAUUAUACAGAUAUCUGGGCUCAGAGAGAUGAACCAGAGUUAUGCUUUGAAGAGUUAAAAGACAUAUACUGUGAUGAAACUCAUAAGGUAUCAAACCCGUUGAACAGCGAGGAAGGAAAAACUGUAAACGUGGAUGAAGAAAGUGUUCUUAAUACCAGAAAGCCUCAUUCAAACCCUGCACCAAAUUGUGUUCUGUUGGAUAAUGAAAAUGAAAAUGAUAUUAGGCAAGAAUUAAGAUGGCUCAAAGCAAAGUAUCAAAUGCAGUUAAGGGAGCUUAGAGACCACCAACUAGGGGUCAAAACAAAAUUUACUAGCAAAGCUCCUGUCACAGAAAAAUUAAAGGAUGGGAAAGAUGGAAUUCUAAGGUUGUCAGGUACAUCCAACUUGAAGAUACUAAAGAAUGAACCACAAUUGAGAUCUAUAGUUUCUGGGAAGCAUUUUCCUGUUGACGACGAGAUAUGCAACAAUUUGGCUGAGGAAAUGGUUCAAAAUGUUGAUGAGAUUAGUCAGUCUAACAGUCCCGAGGCAAUGCUCAUAGCCAAGGAUUUCUUUAUAGGAGCUUUGUUUCCACAAUCACUUCAGAGGGCAACCUCGCUUCCUGUUGAUGCCAUAGAUUUCUAG